AUGGCGUGUAAUCAAGGCAGCAUUGAGCUGAAUCUGAGCAGAGCAGACAGCCUGCUCGUCACAGAACUCACAGUGUGUCUGCUGCUCAAAAGGGGGCGGGGAGGACGCAUUGAUCAUGGACACCACGAGGGCAAAGCCAAGCAGGCGCUGCAUGAAACUGUGGAAAUGGACAGAGCCAUCGGCCGGGCAGACCUCCUGACCAGCGUCCAUGAUACAAUGACUGUGGUUACCGCUGAUCAUUCUCAUGUGUUCAACUUCGGGGGUUACACAGGAAGAGGAAACACCAUAUUUGGUCUGGCCCCGAUGCUCAGUGAUAUUGACCAGAAGCCCUUCACCUCCAUCAUAUAUGGGAACGGACCAGGUUACAAACUUCUCAACGGAGCGAGGGAAAAUGUCUCCACUGUCGAUUACCAGGAUAACAACUACCAGGCCCAGGCCGCUGUACCUCUGAGCAUGGAGACCCAUGGAGGAGAGGAUGUAGCUGUGUUUGCUAAAGGUCCCCUGGCCCACCUGCUGCACGGGGUCCAUGAGCAGAACUACAUCCCCCACGUCAUGGCGUAUGCAGCCUGUAUCGGCCAGAACAGGGAACACUGUGUUUCAAGUAGCGGGGCUGCAGAUCUACGCCCUGUCCUCUCUAGCAUCGCAGCCCUUCUCACAGUCACCCGAAUCCUGUGCUGACCCCAAACUAUACCCUCCCAUCCUCAUCCUGUUAAUAACCCUGUUAUAACCACUCGUACAUUUUUUAAAUUUCAAUUUGAUGUUGUUUUUUUAAGUUCUGAUUUUACUCUUCAAUAUUUAGUUGUUAUCAUGGGACCACUGUUAGGGCUUUCGACAAUAUAUAUUAUAUUUCACAAAAGCAAAAGGGUAUCUGUUAAAGGUUGUUCAGGCAAAUAUGUUAAUUAAUAAAAAACCAAUCGCCCAUGAUGCACUGAAAUGAAAAGUGGUGUUGCAAGGACUACCACAAAAUCUGAGAUCUCGGUUGAGACGUUUUUAUAAAGAGGGUUUUAAGACCCAUUAAGCAUGUUUGUUCAAUGUAAACCGUUUAGAAUCUACCUCACAAGCUUGCAAAAGAUCUCUCGUGCAAUGAUGGUGCAUCGAGAAGGCCACAUUUUUAAAAGGCGAAAUGCAUGCCCAAACAAGAGGCAAAUGUCUAAUUGACAAAAGAGUAAAACAUAUAUAUAUAUUCCCUUGUCAUACACCUUUGUGCAUACUUGUAAAAAGCACUGAAGCAGCCCACCUACCAUUGUUAUGUCAAAUGAAAGUUGUAAACCUCUUAACCAAUAAAAGACAAUUGUUCUGAUCA